UUUGAAGGGCUGCCUGGGUGGUCUCCCCCUCUCUCCACUUUGGUGAGCUGUUGCUUAGCAGCUAAUAAUAGGAGAUGUUUGCAAAGUAAUUUGCCUCUUCCUUGGCCAAUGAGAACCAGAGCACUUUUCCAUCAAACCACCCUUUUCAGGAUUUGCAGAGGGGCUAACUUCUCCAAACGUUACUGCUACGGGAUCAGAGGCAGACUUAGAGAUCUGAUCGAGACGUUCCUACUUCGAAACGUUGUUUUAUAAGCUAUUAGGACGGAUGAAGACUGGAGGAUCUAUACGGAUUUGGGCACAUAAUGUUGGGAUGGAGUUGCAAGACUUUGGCUCAAGGAAAGACUAGAAUAUAUUAUCCAAACUUUUACCCGGUGGAUGCGCUAGUAUUCUAUCUUGGAUUAUUGUCGCGUUUGCUAUACUCGCACUGUUUCUCUCGUGCUUUGCUCUGUGCUUUGUUUUCUUGUUUGGACUAUGGCCUCGGAUCCCAGAGUCCCAGGGUCCGGUGUUUUUGGAGAUUUACCCCCAAAUUAUAUGCGUUCUCCGCCGCCAGUAAACUCAGAUCUUCUCCGGAGACCCAGCUACUGCCAUGCUGCUUUCGCAUUAAAACAGAUUUCUAAGGGGAAGGCUGUGGGUCAGAAAGCCCCAUUGUGGGUUCGGGCAAGGUUCCAGGCUCUUCUAUUUUCUUUGGGCUGUCACAUCCAGCGACAUUGUGGAAAAGUCCUUUUCAUUGGACUGCUUGUGUUCGGUGCCUUGUCUGUGGGUUUGCGGGUCGCUGCCAUUGAGACGGACAUUGAGCAACUAUGGGUUGAAGCCGGUAGCCGAGUGAGUCGGGAGCUGCGCUACACCAAGGAGAAACAGGGAGAGGAGUCUGUGUUCACAUCACAGAUGCUCAUACAAACCCCCAAACAGGAAGGGACCAACAUUCUGACCCAGGGUGCUUUGCUGCUUCACCUGGAGGCAGCGCUCUCGGCCAGCAAGGUCCAGGUGUCUCUGUUUGGAAAAUCAUGGGAUCUCAAUAAAAUCUGCUACAAAUCUGGUGUCCCUAUCAUAGAAAAUGUCAUGAUUGAAAGGAUGAUUGACAAGCUGUUCCCCUGUAUGAUUGUUACCCCACUGGACUGUUUCUGGGAAGGUGCAAAGCUCCAGGGGGGGUCAGCAUACUUACCGGGGAUGCCUGACAUCCAGUGGAUGAACCUGGACCCUCUGAAGCUGAUGGAGGAGCUAAGCCAGUUCACCAGUCUGGAGGGCUUCAGGGAAAUGCUGGACAAGGCCCAGGUGGGUCACGCUUACAUGAACCGCCCCUGCCUGGACCCCAACGACCCCGAGUGCCCCCUCAGCGCCCCCAACAAGGACCUGAGAGAGAGUCCUGACAUUGCCGGGCGGCUCCAAGGCGGUUGCCACGGCUUCUCCAAAAAGUUCAUGCACUGGCAGGAGGAGCUUAUCCUGGGCGGCCGGGUCAAGGACACCCAGAAUGCUUUGCAGAGUGCGGAGGCCCUCCAGACCAUGUUUCUCCUGAUGAGCCCCAAGCAGCUCUACGAGCACUUUAAGGACGACUAUGAGAUCCAUGACAUCAACUGGAACGAGGACAAGGCCACCGCCAUCCUGGAGUCCUGGCAAAGGAAGUUUGUAGAGGUGGCUCAUGGCAGUAUCCCCCAGAAUUCCACUUCAGAGAUCCACGCAUUCUCCACCACCACCCUCAACGACAUCAUGAAGUCCUUCUCUGAUAUCAGUGUCAUCCGGGUGGCUGGAGGCUACCUGCUCAUGCUGGCCUAUGCCUGUGUGACCAUGCUCCGUUGGGACUGUGCCAAGUCCCAGGGGGCCGUGGGGCUGGCUGGCGUGCUCCUGGUGGCUCUGUCUGUGGCAGCUGGCCUGGGGCUGUGCUCUCUGUUGGGCCUGUCCUUUAACGCUGCCACCACACAGGUUCUCCCCUUCCUGGCUCUGGGGAUCGGUGUGGAUGACAUGUUCCUUCUGGCCCACUCCUUCACUGAGACUGGCAUCAACAUCCCCUUUAAGGAGAGGACAGGGGACUGCCUGAGGAGGACUGGCACCAGUGUAGCGCUCACCUCCAUCAACAACAUGAUCGCCUUCUUCAUGGCAGCCCUGGUCCCCAUCCCAGCACUGCGUGCCUUCUCUCUGCAGGCGGCCAUUAUUGUGGUGUUCAACUUCGCCAUGGUGCUCCUCAUCUUCCCGGCCAUUCUGAGUUUGGACCUGCACCGUCGGGAGGACAAGCGUCUGGACAUCCUGUGUUGUUUCUACAGUCCCUGCUCCUCCCGGGUCAUCCAGAUCCAACCCCAGGAGUUCUCCGAUGCCAACGACAACACCACCACCACCCACAGCCAUGCGCCUGGCACCCAGACUACAACAACCUACACAGGCUCCACCAUCAUUACCAGCACCCAGAUCACCACCACCGUCCAGGCCUUCACCCAGUGUGACGCGGCAGGCCAGCACAUAGUCACCAUCCUGCCCCCCACCUCCCAGAUCUCCACCAGCCCUCCCUCUGUGGUGGUGGCCUCCUCCCCUGUUCCCCCCUCCCCCACCGACUCCUACGGCUCCCAGCUCUUCAGCCCAUCCAGCUCCACCCGGGACCUCCUGGCCCAGAUGGAUGAGUCCAAGGAGGUCAGGGAGUGUGUUCCACUCCCCUUCUUCCGCUGGAACCUGUCAAGCUUCGCCCGGGACAAGUACGCUCCUCUUCUCCUAAAGCCAGAGAGCAAGGUGGUGGUCGUGGUCCUCUUCGUGGCCCUCCUGGGGCUCAGCCUGUACGGAACCACCAUGGUCCAUGACGGACUCUACCUGACCGACAUUGUGCCCCGCGACACCAAGGAGUACGACUUCAUCAACGCCCAGUUCAAGUACUUCUCUUUCUACAACAUGUACCUGGUGACCAUGGACGGCUUUGACUACGCACGCUCCCAGCGUCUCCUCAUACAGCUGCACAACUCCUUCAUCUCGGUCAAGUACGUGGUGAAGGAUAGCGACCAGCAGCUGCCCCGGAUGUGGCUGCACUAUUUCCAAGACUGGCUCAGAGGACUGCAGGCUGCCUUCGAUGCAGACUGGGAGGCAGGCAGAAUCACCUGGGAUAACUACCGUAACGGCACUGAGGAUGGUGUUCUGGCCUACAAGCUGCUCAUCCAGACAGGCUCCAAGAAGGACCCCUUCAACUACAACCAGCUGACUUCUCGUCGUCUGAUGAAUGAGGAGGGUCUGAUUCACCCAGAGGUCUUCUAUAUCUACCUGACUGUGUGGGUGAGCAAUGACCCUCUGGGCUAUGCUGCCUCUCAGGGUAACUUCUACCCUCAGCCUCGCGAGUGGAUCCACGACAAGUAUGACACCACCGGAGAGAAUCUGCGCAUCCCUGCCGCGGAGCCCCUGGAGUUUGCUCAGUUCCCUUUCUAUCUGAACGGCCUGAGGCAGGCGUCCGACUUCAUCGAGAGCAUCGAGAGCGUGCGCACCAUCUGCGAGGAGUUCACACGUAAAGGUGUUCUCAACUACCCCAACGGUUACCCCUUCCUGUUCUGGGAGCAGUACAUCGGCCUGCGACACUGGUUCCUCCUGGCGGUCAGCGUGGUGCUAGCCUGCACCUUCCUGGUCUGUGCCAUCCUCCUGCUCAACCCCUGGACUGCUGGCAUCAUUGUCUUCAUCCUGGCCAUGAUGACGGUGGAGCUGUUUGGUAUCAUGGGCCUGAUCGGCAUCAAGCUCAGUGCCAUCCCAGUGGUCAUCCUCAUCGCCUCUGUGGGCAUCGGCGUCGAGUUCACUGUCCAUAUCGCACUGGCCUUUCUGACGGCCAUAGGCAAUAGGAACAGGCGUUCUGCGGUGGCCCUGGAGCACAUGUUUGCCCCUGUGAUUGACGGGGCCAUCUCUACUCUGUUAGGGGUCCUCAUGCUGGCUGGCUCCGAGUUUGACUUCAUCCUGAGGUACUUCUUCGCGGUGCUGGCUAUUCUGACCGUGCUGGGGAUCCUGAAUGGACUGGUGCUGCUGCCCGUGCUGCUCUCCCUCAUGGGCCCACCCCCGGAGGUCACCCCGGCCGACAACGGCAGCUGCCUGCCCACCCCAUCGCCGGAGCCCCUCCCCCCUCCCAUGACCCACCACGGCUACUACGGAGGACAGGGCCCACGACAACAGGCCUUCUCAGAGUCGUCGGACUCUGAGUAUUACUCUGAAACGACUACCACAUCAGGAAUUGGGGAGGAGUAUAAGUACUGUGACUGCAGUCCUUACAUCACCCCUCCUACCUCUCAUAUACUACUGGAGGACAGCAAGAACCCCAGCUUCCCCAAACUCACGGUGGUGAAACCGUUCAAAGAGGGCCCGACCGUAACCCCUCAGAAAGAUCUCUUAAAUGAGUCUUCUCUGAAUGCGGUGACUUCGGUCAGCUCUCAACUCACGCAGUGGGAUAACAAACAUGAUUACAAAUCUGACCAGGGACCCAGGAGGCAACAUUUACCCAGUGACAGGACCCAGGGUCCUGAGAGGACUAAUCACUGUGGUCCCAGGUCUCAGACCAACAGAGGGCCUCAUCAGAACAGGACUAAGAUGCCGGCCUAUAAUGGCGGUACCGCGCCCAGUAGUGCUGUUACUACCAUGGUUACGGCCACAGCCUCUGUGACUGUGGCUGUGCACCCCAGCUUGCCGAGGGCCUACCAUGGGUACAUGCACGAGGGCUACGUGGACAGUGAAUCAGACUGUUUUGAGGACAUUAAGAGGACUUCACAAUCUUGUGGGAAAGCUACCCAAUCUUCCAAGCGUGUAUCCUUGGAGGUUGAAGACCUGGAAUCUGUACAGAACCAGCAUCAGGCGAACCAGGCACAAGUUGGCCCACGGAUCCAGGCAGCCAAAGAUUACUAGACACCCUGCUACCCCACCCUGCCCCCUAUGUCUGGAAUCCAUCUCUGGCUGGCAGCCUCUCACUUGGGAGCUCCCGAUACCCAGCCCUUUCACUUUCAACUGUACAUAGACCUCACACAGACGAGGAUUUAUUUUUAAAGAUAUUAAAAAAGGUCAUUUUAAGAAUAUAUAAAUUUAUGAAUAUAUAUUUUAAUACUAAAUAGAGGGAAACAACUAUUUAAAAGAGUACUGUAUAACUUGGGUAUUCUCUUGUGUAAAACUCGGAUGUAUAACAUGAUUUGGGGGGGGGUUUCCUCCCUUUGUAUAGAUUAAGAAGAUGUGCUAUAUGUAAAAAAGUUCAGAAAAGUGAGACGUUAAGAUAUUAGGUUAUUGUGUUUGUUUUUUUGCUGCUACACUUCAAAAAAUGGAAAUGAUUUGCAGUACCCCCUCCCCCGAUCUAAGUUGAGAAAUCAUUUUAGAGGUUCUAGAUGUUCUUACGCUGAUGGUGGAGGGCGUCUUAUUGAUUAAGCUCUGCAACACAUAAUGAUCAUAAUGAUUGCACUGUAUAAAUACAAACAAGCUCAGUAAAUACUUUUUUCCUUCUAACAAUAACCAUUGUGCCUUCACAACACCUUCCCUCUUGAAAUGCAUAAGCGCAGUAUAUAUAUAUUCAAAGUUAGACAUAAAUAUGAUAUAUGUCGUGUUUGUUUGAGAGCAUAAUUUCACUGUUUUUAUUUUGCGUUUAGAAUCCCCAGAUAUGUACUUCAUUUACUAAUGUGACAUGAUGUACAGACUUAGCAAAACAAUAGAAUCUCCCACUUUGGCUUCUUCCAUAAUACAUGGGCUGUUCAUCCAGAAUAAUGCCUGUGUUCAGACAGUACAUUAAGAUAUUACCAUUUAUUUGUCCAUUUCAAUUAACCUGUAGCUCUGUAAGUCUGUGUGCAGUCAGCAACUUGACUUGUGUCACUUUGGGUUGAAGUUUCUUGAGCAUCAUUCAUUGUGUCCCAGCUCACUGGCAUGUUACAUUAUGUUCAUUGUGUCCCAGCUCACUGGCAUGUUACAUUAUGUUCAUUGUGUCCCAGCUCACUGGCAUGUUGCAUUAUUUUCAUUGUCUCGUUGAUAUUUUGCAGUCUACAUGUUUUAUUACUUGAAGGAGCUGUUAAGUGUUUUAUUUCUUUCCUGAGUUUAUCUAAGCUGUACAUUGGGUAAGGUCAACUUUGUCACCCCCCUUGUCCUCCAACUUAACUGGGGUCUAGGGGGUAAUAUUUGACAAAUGCUGGUUGUUUCCCCAAUCUUAUUCUGAAAGGGAAUUUAAAUCAAAUGCAAAGGGAAAAAAUAUAUGUUUUACAUUUUUUGGGCUGCUUUAUGGUUGUGGUAAACAUUAUUUCAACCUUGUGCAAUUGUUGACUAGGUAGUGCAUUUUGAACAGGAUGACUACUCCAAGACCCACUUCCUGUGUCAUGGAGGAAGUCUGUGCAGUCACAUGCUCUUCCCCUGUCUCUCUCUCGCUCUCUCUCUCUAGUUUGUGUAGGCCUCAUGCAAGCCAGCAUUUCAGUGAUUUUGUGAUUUCAUUUUUUACCUUUGUAUUAUGGUCAAAGUUGGUCGUUCAGUUGGUCACAUCACUGCCAAUUUAAAUGCAGGGAAAUGUAAUAGAUUUAAGUGUCAGCUUGGGUUUCUUUUGUACAUAGAGUUAUGAAAGAAAAAUAAAGUAGCUACUGUGCAUUCUGGAAGUAAACAAAAAAAUAUAUGUUUCAAGUACAACCGACAUUCAUUCACUGCUUCAAUACAGAAAUAGAUGAGGGUGUAAGUUAUAGGAGUGCUAGGGUAGGGGUUGGGGGUUCUGCAUAGUGUUGUAGUUUUAUUUCAAAUGUAUGACAUGCCAUAUAAAUUAUUUAUAUACAAAUUUUAUUUUUGUAGUUUGUACAGAUGUUAGUCACUAGACUGAAGUUCUAUUUUUAAAGAGUAAAUAUAUAUUAUAUAUAAUUAUAUCUAUUGUUGCAGUUGUUUUUGUUUGUUUGCUUUUAUUUUUGGGAGGGGGGGUUGUCCACAAUGAGUAGAGGGGGUUUCAGACAGACCCUGUGUUUUAUUUUUGGGAAGGGGGAGGGGGUUGUCCACAAUGAGUAGAGGGGGUUUCAGACAGACCCUAUGUUUUAUUUUUGGGAAGGGGGAGGGGGUUGUCCACAAUGAGUAGAGGGGGUUUCAGACAGACCCUAUGUUUUAUUUUUGUUUUUUGGAGAGAAGGGUUCACUUGAAAAUGAAGGAGAGGUGUGGCAGACACUGUCCACCAUAUUUAGUUUCCUCGCCUUUCCUUCUUCAUGUAAUGAAUUGAAGUGUUAUUACUCUUUUUGUCGAUGUCUAAAACACUGUGACUUCCGAAAACUAUGCUCAAGAAAACCCUUGUGUGACCAUUAUUUUCCCUCACCUUCUAUAGGAAUUGAACUAACAAAAUAAAUUCAAAUGAAAAAAAAAAGUAUUUUCUAAAUGAA